AACUGAGCUUAUAGUGGAAUCAAGAAAGUAGUAUUGACAAUCGAGUAGUAUUGCUCCUGUUAAUAAUGAAUUGUACAAUACCACUGCGAGUUGUCUAGAUUACCAAUCAGGUUGAAAUAUGCCUGUUGAAGUCUUAUUUGUCGUGCCUGGAAUCUCAUGUGUUCCAGUACACUAUAACUGGUAAAGGCAGUAAAUCUGGAUUGUUUCUCAGAUUGUUAUAUGAACUAGAGGUCAAAACGUGACAAUAACCAUGCAGGACUUGUACAAUUUAUCAAUACUGUUUUUGCUCCUGUUCAUCCACACAAUGAUGAGGUGUAUGAAAACCUUGUCUGUUCUAUGAAUGAUGUUCUGACUUAUGUUUGGAAAUAUUCAUAUUUACUUCCAGACAAAAACUCCUAUUGGCUUUGGAAAAUGGUGUUCAACAAAAGACAUUUGAUUUAAUGCAAGUUACAACCAAAAGAAGAAAGGCUAUCGAAGGAGUAAUCACAUCCGUCCGCCCAUUCUAUGUACUAAAGGAGAAGUAUAUAGGUAAGGCACAUAAAUUACUUACUUUUGCUGGCCUUACGACAAAUAUAAAAGAUCUUGUAACCUUCUUGAGGUAAACUUGAAAAAUAUAA